AAGAAGAAAGCAAAACAAUGGUUCGAUCGGAUUCGAGAUCACCAACAAUGAGCCUUGGCCGCUCAGUGGCUCGAGUUCGUGUCACCUCGCCGUCUCUCAAGCGAAAACCAGCCUCUAGUUGUAUCAGAAACGAUCAGGAAGUCAAGUUCUUAGGUGAUAAACCAGAGGAUACCAACUUUAGAAUAAACGCCGCCGCCGCCGGAGCUGAAUAUGACGGUGGCAAUAAAGUCAUGGUGGUGGCUGACUCGAGCAUGGAAGCUAAGGGAGCUCUUGACUGGGCUUUAUCUCAUACGAUUCAACCCCAAGACACCAUUGUUCUUCUGCAUGUCGGCAAACCCAGAAAAAGAGAGUCGUCUAAAAGGAAGCGAAACCCAAGAGUUGAUGAUCUACUCAACUCAAUGAAGAAUAUGUGUCAAAUGAAAAAGCCAGGAGUGAGAGUUGAAGUGGCGAAAGUUGAAGGAAAGGAGAAAGGAGCAAUAAUAGUGGAGGGAGCAAAGCAACUGAAAGUGUCGCUUUUGGUGUUGGGACAAAGGAAGAAAUCAAUAAUAUGGCGGUUGAUGAGGAGGUUGACGGCCAAGAGAGGUGGCGUAGUGGAUUACUGUAUUCAAAAUGCUUCAUGCAUGACCAUCGCCGUGAGGAGGAAGAGCAACCAGCUCGGUGGCUACUUGAUUACCACAAAGCGUCACAAAAAGUUUUGGCUUUUGGCUUGA